AUGAAGGGUACAGUAGGACUAUGGCUCAGGACUGGGUCGUUGGCACUGCGAAGUUUCUGUCUUGUUCAUGUUAUAAACUCGCACUUUUAUGAAUUUACAGAGACUCGAGGUGAGUCGAUGCUUCCGACACUAGCUGCAAUCAACGACUAUGUCCAUGCAUCAAAGAAAUAUAGAAACGGUAAAGACUGUCAGAUCGGUGAUUGCAUAGUCGCAGUCAAGCCCACAGAUCCGUACCAGAGGGUUUGCAAACGAAUUACAGGCAUGCCUGGAGAUUAUAUACUGAUAGAUCCCAGUGCCAAAGAGGGCGAUGAUAUCGAUGGACAGGCAUUCAACUCGUAUAUAAGAGUACCGAUGGGCCAUGUGUGGGUUACGGGCGACAAUUUGUCGCAGUCGUUGGACUCUCGUACUUACAAUUCUCUACCGAUGGGACUCAUCAAAGGCAAGAUAAUCGCAGCCAAUGACUUCAACAAACCUAUCUGGCACGAUGGAGCACUUUUUGGAUUUAGAAGUAUUGAAAAUAGCUAUUCGGAUGAAUUUUGA